GUGGCCCCAGCCGAGCAGCAGCACGGUUUCUGGCUUGUUUCCAGCUCCAGUGUCUCAGAGCGUUUGUUGCAUGGUCGCAGCUUCUUUUUAAACUCGAAAGAAUCCGCCUACACUGCCGUGCCCGUUUCCGGAGUGCGCUGCAAGCUCUGCGAUGCCAUAGCCUGGAGAGCAAAGCCGAGAAGAAGGGAAAAAAAUAUAUAUAUGCGUGUGAGUUGUGAGUAAGAGUCUAUAGAGCAUGCUGAAUUGCACAGACCUUUAAAAUGUGUCAGGCGGCGAAUAUUUGGUACACACGCUCUUUGCUGUCGAGGUGAUGGAUGCAGUAGCAGGAGCAGCAUGCCCCAAGUGACUGCCUUGAUGAGAACAAACCCCUGCAAGAAAUCAAUGAAUGAGCUAUGAAUGAUCAUCUGUAAGUGGAAGUAGUAGUAGCUCUCAACUCACCAGGGACGGGACCAAGACACCAAAGCGAUGGCAGCUUACAAUCUUCGGCAGCAGCAAAACCGGCGUUUCUGGUGUUGUUGCAGCCUGCUGCCGGUGCUAAUCCUCUUGAUAGAUGCUCAAGCACAGCAGCAAAACCAGAGUCAGGAUGUGUCCACGUUGCUGAAAAUCAAACCUGCCUUGGAUACCAAUCCGGCUCUGCCGCUGCUGCUAAGUUGGAGUUUCCAAAAUCCUCUAUGCAACUGGCAAGGCGUGCAGUGGAUGCUCAAUGAUGGAACGCCGGUGAAUUGCUCGGUUCCAGCCACAGCACUCAAUGACAGUCUUGCUCAAGACCCGUCCAUUCUUGUCGAAAGCAUCACUCUCACCAAGCUUCAAGGGGCUCUAGUCGGCACCAUUCCUCCAGAAAUCGGUCUUCUCUCGGGUCUCAGGAAGCUCGAGCUCAGCAGCAACAAUUUAACCGGUCCCAUCCCCGAAGAGAUCUCCAAUGCCUCCAGUCUCGCCUUCAUUCACCUUGGUAACAAUCGACUCAACGGGAGCAUUCCUUCGACAAUCUGGAAGCUGUGUGGUGUCCUCGCCGAGCUUGACUUGGAUCACAACCAGCUCUCCGGAAGCAUUCCAGUUGCCGCAGAUCCAAAAGCCAGGUGCUCUAACUUGACAUCUCUCCGCCUCAACAGCAACAAUCUUUCCGGCCUGGUUCCAUCUGAGUUCCUCAAGUCCCUGGCUCCAAGCUUGACGGAGCUCGACUUAAGCAACAACAUCCUUCUCGGAGGAGUAGUAGCAGCACCGGGAGCAACCAGUAUUCAAUCCAAUGCGGCAGCUCCAGCUACUUCCCCAGCACUGGUGGCGGCACCUUCCACGGGGUCGAGCAAGUUAUCCGCUGGGGCAGUGUCCGGUAUCAUAAUUGGAGUUCUCGUAGCCACUGUUCUGCUGCUAUCACUUCUCAUCGGGAUUUGUAGUAGCAACAGAUCUCCAAUAGCGUCAAAGCUGACGACUUCUCCGUCACUUCACCGUGAGCUUGACGAGGCAGAGGAUGCUACGACUGGAAAGCUUGUUGCAUUUGAGGGAGGCGAGCGAUUCAACGCCGACCAGGUACUUAAUGCGUCAGGUGAAGUGUUGGGAAAGACGAGCUACGGCACCGUGUACAAAGCCAAGCUCCAGGCUGGGCCGAUGAUAACUCUCAGGCUGCUCCGCGAUGGAAGUGUCAAGGACCGGGACGAGUUUGUGUCCGCUGUCAAGGAGCUGGGACUUAUCCGCCAUAGAAAUCUGGUACCUCUUCGAGCUUAUUACCACGGACCAAAAGACGAAAAGCUGCUCGUUUACGACUACAUUCCCAAGGGAAACCUCCAAGAGCUGAUACAUAGAUCCACCGCUUACGCUCCAGCUCCAUCUUGGGCAAUACGGCACAAAAUCGCACUGGGAGCAGCUCGAGGACUGGGCCAUCUCCACACAGGCUUGCACCUUCCCCUGCUGCAUGGGAACCUCAAGUCGAAGAACAUCUUGGUUGACGAGAACUUCGAGCCACAUCUAUCCGACUUUGGCCUCCAUUUGCUCAUGAACGCUGCGGCAAGCAACGAGAUGAUCACUGCUCAAGCUACCCAAGGCUACAAGGCGCCGGAGCUUACCAGGAUCAAGAAAGCCAACACCAAGACCGACAUCUACAGCUUCGGGAUCAUCCUGCUGGAGCUCCUGACAGGGAAAAAACCCGGAAACUUAGCCGCUGGAGACAACGAUAGCGUCACGGUGGUGGACUUACCCACAUUGGUGAAAACCGCGGUGAUCGAGGAGAGGACGGCCGAGCUGUUUGAUCUCGAUCUGCUACGAGGAUUGCGGAGCCCGAUGGAGGACGGCCUCCUCCAAGCCCUUCAGCUGGCCAUGGGAUGCUGCGCGCCAUCGCCGGCGGUACGCCCGGACAUCAAGGAGGUAAUCCGGCAGCUGGAAGAGAUCAGGCCAAAGAUCCACUCGCCAAUCUUCACGCCGGUGUCGCAUUCUCGAAACUCGCCCCGGAUUCCACUGUCGCCGCUGAGAGACGCAUCGUGAGAGAUGAAUAGCGCGCCCUAGUUGGAAUAGAAAGAAAUCUCUCA